AUGACCCGGGGAGACUCCAUCAUCUCCAUCGACGGCGCGCGACGAACGGGGCGCGUCGGGGGCGGCGGGAGCGGGGUCGAGUACUUCUGUAAAUGGCACGGAUGGGAGGACCAUCACGCGACGUGGCAAGAGGCAGAGUGCGUGCUCGAGCACUGGCAACGGCACCUCUCGUCAUGGAGCAGCACCGCAGCCCGACGAGCCGACGCAGAGGAGCACAUGGGGCGCGCGCGCGAGAGAGGGGUGCACCCAUUCCACAUGAGCGAGACCAUCGACCGCGCCCUCAAGGCCAGAGGCCACGAGGGAUGGGAGAAGCUUAGGAACGCGCCCGACCUGGAGCAGCGUGAGGGAGAGGUGCUCGCCGUUCUAGAGGCAGCAGACGACCACGUCAAGGCGGUCCGACGGCCCGAGCCACGGCUACGCGACGCCGCAAUACUGCGGUUUCGGCACGGGCACGAGAGGCAAGUGUCACAGCGGACCCUCGACGCGGUGCGCGAAGCGCAGGGAGCUGGGGUCGAGCCGUGGAACACGGCAGAGCACGACAAGGCAGUCCACGGCCCAACGCCCGAAGGCGGGACGACGAACCCGAUGGAGAGCGAGCCGCCAGCGAGCGAGACGUACGACGACGAGGGAGACGACGAGAGAGAUAAGAGCGCCGCGGCGGACGACGAGAUGGCCUUUAUCGACGAUGAGUUCUUCGAGCUUCCCGACGCGGCAACGGAGGGAGAGGCGGAGGGCGGGGGAAGCCAGAGUCAGUACAGCCAACAGAGCCAGGGGGGCGAGAGCGAGGGGAGCCAGAGCAGCCAGGGCAGCCGACGGACAGCGCACCGAAGGUCGCGGACAAAUCGACAAGCCGCGGAACGAUUCAUGGACCGACUCCGUUUCGAACUCCUACAAGGAGGCAGCGGCGGGGACGGACACAGACACCCGGAAGACGCCAACGACGGCGACGAAGAUGGAGAGAGGAGCGAGGACGAAGAGAUGCCCGACCGCACAACAGAGCCAGGGCCGAGCGAGCAACCACCCGAAACGAGCCAUCCAAACGAAGGCAGCCAGACAGACGACGAAUUCACAGUGAUGGACGUAGAAGAGGAACAGCCAGAGGACGAGGCGCCCCAGCCGCCGAGGAAGCGAGGGCGCUUUGAGAAUGAACGUAGCGAUUCGAUGAGUCAGGGAGGGGGGGCGAGCCAGCAGCAUCACGAGGGCGAGGAGCCGAUGACGAAGACACAGAGACAGCGCCAACGCCAGCGGAAGCAGGGAUCGCACCGGAAGCCACCCGUCAAGUUCAGACGCUAA